UACGCAGCCCUGCGCUGAGGAUAUCGCAGAAACUCGCAGUCAUUCGCGCUGCAUUCAGCCUUUCUAUCAUCCGACUGACCGCUGCGUGACGGACGCACGCCAUUCAAAUCAACAUCACCGAGGCUCGCGCGGUGGUUAUUGAUUACUGGUGCGGCGCCGCGUUUAAUGGAUUAAAAUGUGAAUCUAUGAGUUACUUUGCAGCAAAGGCUGAUAUCUGACUGACAUCAUUCACCAGGCAGCUCUGGAACAGGAUUUUAAAGAUGGACUUCUGGGUUUUGCCAGUAUGUCGGAUCAGUUUGAUGUUGACACUGAUGUCAUCCACUGGUCGGGGAGUAGCGAGCCAGACGCAGAGUGCUUACUUCCUCCCUGAAUUUGCACUUUCUCCACAAGGAAGCUUUCUGGAAGACACAACAGGAGAGCAGUAUCUCACCUACCGCUAUGAUGACCAGUCCUCAAGAACGACCCGCUCGGAUGAGGAGAGGGACACCGGUUGGGACGCCUGGGGCGCAUGGAGUGACUGUUCUCGCACCUGUGGAGGCGGAGCCUCGUAUUCUCUACGCAGGUGUCUCAACGGAGGGAACUGUGAGGGCAGGAACAUCCGCUACAGAACAUGCAGCAAUACAGACUGUCCCCAGAAAACGGGAAUCUGGUCAUCCUCCAUAAAAACGGUGAUCGAAGUGCCGAUGGGUAGCAGAGGCCUCAGAAUCACAGCCAAGGGAUCAGACAUGAUUGCCAUAAAAACGGUGAUCGAAGUGCCGAUGGGUAGCAGAGGCCUCAGAAUCACAGCCAAGGGAUCAGACAUGAUUGUGAAUUUGGGUUCUCCUCAGCUGAAGUAUGCUGGCCCUAAAGACACAGUGAUGCAGUUCAUGUUUUACCAGCCCAUCCGCUACCAGUGGAGGGAAACUGACUUCUUCCCCUGCUCCGUCACCUGUGGAGGGGGUUAUCAGCUGAAUUCGGCUGAUUGCAUGGACAUUCGUUACAACAAAUCGGUUGCGGAGCACCUUUGCCACAGCUUCCCAGAGAACACCAAACCCACACCCAAACUCAAGGAGUGCAACAUGGAUCCCUGCCUCGAAAGUGAUGGCUUCAAGGAAGUGAUGCCCUACGACCAGUACCAGCCUCUACCACGGUGGGAGCAGAACCCGUGGACGUCGUGUUCGGUGUCGUGUGGAGGAGGCUCUCAGGAGAGAAGCGUGGUGUGUGUCGAGGAGGACAUCCACGGGCAGAUCGUGCAGGUGGAGGACUGGAAGUGCGCACACUCCCCUCGACCAAUCAGCAAAGAGAGCUGCAACACCUUUGAGUGUCCGCAGUGGAUGGCCAUGGAAUGGUCUCAGAUUGAUGUGGAAAAAAAGUGGGAGCAGAACCCGUGGACGUCGUGUUCGGUGUCGUGUGGAGGAGGCUCUCAGGAGAGAAGCGUGGUGUGUGUCGAGGAGGACAUCCACGGGCAGAUCGUGCAGGUGGAGGACUGGAAGUGCGCACACUCCCCUCGACCAAUCAGCAAAGAGAGCUGCAACACCUUUGAGUGUCCGCAGUGGAUGGCCAUGGAAUGGUCUCAGUGCACGGUCACCUGCGGCCCAGGUUUGCGGUACAGAGUGGUGCUGUGUGUGGAUCACAGUGGACAACAUACUGGCGGCUGCAGUCCUCACCUCAAACCCCAUAUCAAAGAGGACUGCCUGGUCCCCGUCGCCUGCCACAAACCACGAG